AUUUAAAUUUAUUUUUUUCAAAAAAACAUUUUCUAAAUCAAAAUGCAUCAGAUACGUGUAUCCAUGUGUUUGUUAUAUUGAUUUUAAAGUGAAUAUUUAUCCUUCAUUUAUUCUUUCUAUAUUUAAUUAAAUGGAAAUGUGAUGUAAUCUAUAUAUUUAUGAAAUAUAUAGUCAUUUAAUAUAAUCAUAAUCAUAUUCUGAAGAUCUUUUUUCCCUUAGAAACAUGAAUCUAAAUCGUUUCCAUGGUAACAAUCAACGAGCUAUUUCAUUACCACCAAAUAAUAUUUCAAAAAAUCAAUCAUCAUUCAAUAAAAUCAAUCAUGAAAAUGUAAAUAAUAAUGAAACAUUUUAUACUACUAAUAAUGAUUCAUUUAUAGAUUUGAAUCAUAAACAAGAUCCAACUGAUAGUGAAUUAAUGUUACAAGAAACAUUUAAUAAUUUUGAUAUAAUAACACGUCAAUUUAUUGGGUUAUCAUCAUCUAGUUUAAAUAGUUUAAAUACAGAUGAUGAUAGUGGUUAUAUACAUACUACAUCAUAUGGUGGUCAUUAUAAUAUAACGGAUUCUUUAUCUUCCAUAUAUAAUUCUAAUAAUCAUACAUCAUCAGAAGAGUUCAAUGGAUCAAGUUCAAUUACAACUAAAGAUGAAUUAUUAUUAGUAAUGAUUGAAGAUUUAGUUGAUUGGUUUAAAAAAAUGUAUCCAACUAUGAUUGUUGAUUUAAAUUCAGAUAAUUUUUUUGAUCGUUUAUCUGAUGGUGUUUUAUUGUGUUAUCAUGCUACUCAAUUACAUAAUCGUUUAUUGACAGAAAUCAAUGAUAAGAAAUCAAUGAAAUUAGAUCAAUUACGUAUAAGUGGUUUACAAGUAACCAUACCUAAUAAUAGUCCUAAUUAUCAAUUACGUGGAUUACAUUCAUCUAAUGCUACAAUUAGUUUUAUAUCACGUGAUAAUGUGUCGAAUUUCAUUCAAUGGUGUCGUCAACUUGGUAUGCAUGAUUCUACAUUAUUUGAAAGUGAAGAUUUAGUAUGUAAAAAAAAUCCACGUCAUGUUAUUAUAUGUUUAUUAGAAUUAGCACGUCUUGGUGGUUUAAUUGGUAUGUGUAUACCAGAAAUUGUACAAUUAGAAGUUGAAAUUGAUAAACAAUUAGCUAAUGAUAAUAUUAUAAUUUCAUUAGAAAAUAAACAAAAAAUCAAUAAUAUUGAUUAUCAAAUUAAUAAACAAAAUAAAAAAUUAUUAAUAAAUAAUAAAAAUCAAUUAUCAACUUAUUCAACAGAAUUACAUAGGCAACAACAACACCACCCCCAACAACAACAACACCCCCAGCAACAACAACAAUACCAGUCCCAGCAACAACAAAAUAGAAAAAAUUCAACCGGUAAAAAUAAUCCUCAAGGAUUAGAUAAUAAUAAUAAUAAUAAUAAUAAUAAUAAUAUUAAAAAACAAAAAGAAGAAUUAAAACGUCCAAUUGUUGAUUUUCGUUCUUUAGAUGAAUUAGUACGUGAACUAUUAUCACAAUGUACUUGUAAACAAACAUUCCCUAUGGUUCGUAUCGGUGAAGGACGUUAUUUAUUUGGUGAUAAAAGUACACAAAUAUUUGUUCGAAUAUUAAGGAAUCAUGUCAUGGUUCGAGUCGGUGGUGGUUGGGAUACACUGAGUCAUUUCUUAUCCAAAUAUGAUGAGUGUCGUAAAGUUAAUCCAUUAGGAUCAUGUAAAUUAUCUUCAUCUUAUCAGAAUGACAAUUCUAAUUUAAUUGAUUCUUCAAUUAAAUCUUCACAACUGAAUCAAACAUCAUUAAAUGAAGAUGAACCUCAAAAGUUUACAGAAUGUAAAUUAAAUGUUAGAAAAAAACGUUUAUCAUCAGUAACGAAAGCGGAACAAUUACAAAAGGACGGUGACAAUUCCGAUGGGAAGAUAGAAACCAAUUCCACAGUAUCAAAAUUCAUGGAAAGAAAGAAAAUUUUUAAUAAAAAUCAAAUUUAUUCUAAAAAAUCUAUACAAGAUCCUUCAUUAUAUUUUAAUGAAAAUGAAUAUCUUACUAAAUCACAAUUUUUCUCUGAAUUGAAUUUAACUUCAUUAAAUGAUAAAAAAUUGAAUGGUCUGAAGCAUUUCCAACGAUUUAACGAAACUGACAUCUCUACUGAUGGUGAAGACAAUAAUUUCAAUGCUAAUCUAAUCAAAAAUGAGUCAAAGGAAACUGUGGAUGAUAUACAAUCAGUACAUAAUCAUAAGGAUAUUGAUGAUAAUAUUAGAUCAUCCAAUACUAUUGAUAAACUACUUAAACCAAAAUCAACUAUUACUAUUAUAAGAUCUGAAUUAGAAAAAUCUAAUAAUACAUCAUAUAUUAUAAAUAGACCAUAUUACUUACCUCAAACUACUUAUUAUCUAAAUAGUAGACAUAAUCAUAAUCUUUCAAAAUCAUUAAAUUCAUUAAAUCUUAAUUGUAAACAGUUGAUUAAUAGAAAGAAUUUAAAACCAGUGGAAAUGAUCUCAGUUUUACCUACAAUGAAUAAUGAUAAUAAGAAUAAGAAUAAAACUAAUUAUACUACUAAUAAUAGUAGUCAUCAACAUCGAAUACAAUCAACAAAUCAUUAUGUAACCGAUAGAAAAUCUACAAUACAAUCAUUGAAAUCAUCAUUAUCAUCAUUACAUCAUUCUCAGCCUCAUCCUCCUCCUCCUCCUCAUCAUCAUCAUGUUCAUCAAAGUCAAAGUCAGCAUCAGAAAAGAAGUCAACAACAUCAAAAUAGAAGUAGAUCUGCUAAUCUAUUCAAUCGAAAACCACCACCACCACCAUCAUCAUUAUCAUCGCCAUCAUCGUCAUGUAAACCAUCCAAUCCGAAUAUAUUGACUUCAACUUAUAAUCAUCAAUUGAUGAAUAAACCAGUAGAGAUUGUAUAUACAUCCGAUAAUAAUCAUAAUAAUAAUAAACCAUCUAAUGAUGAUUAUAUAAUAGAAGAUCGUUUCCAUCCAAAUCAAAAUCAUAAUGAAUCUAAUCAUCAAUUAUAUUCUAUGAAUAUGAAAUCAAGACAUGGUUCAUUAAUACCUAUUUCAACAAGAUCUUAUUCAAGUUCACGUAUACCAUUAAAACAAUAUUAAGCGUACUUCAUGGAAGCUAUAGUUUUUUGUGUUUUUUUUCCUUGUUGUUGUUGUUGCUAUGGUGGUGGUGGUGGUGGUUGUGGCGGUUAUCAUGGUUGUGUAUCCCCUAUCACAUUGAGAUUUUUUUCAUUUAUUAAUAUAGGAUAGAGGGGUGGUAACAAAAUUCCACAUUACAUAAUUCAUCUAUGAUCAAGCUUUCUGUGGUUACUUUAAAAAGUCUUUCAUUGAAAAUCAAAAUUUUAAAUGUUAUUUUAUCAUAUUGUUCAGUGUUUUUUUCAUUAUAAUGAUGAUACUACUAACAAACGUUAUCAGUAGUAUCUUUGAUAUCACCUGUUUUUUAUGAGAAAUAUAAAAAAAACCACGUAGUGCUCUAAUCAAUCAUGUUAACAUGAUUAUUGAUGAUUAUCAUUUACUAUCAUCAUAAAUGUUAAUUAUAUUAGUUGCACACAUCUUCUAAACGAUACACACACAGUUCCAUAUAGAUCAUCUGUAAUCUAAUUAAGUAGCCAAGAGGUACGAUAGAGUUUUUUCUUCCUAUCAGUUUACUAAUCUUUGUUUCUAUAACAACGAAUGAUGAAGCCACUCGAUUUAAGGGGUAAUCACAGCCCCCUUUCUUGUUGUUGCUUACUUGGCUUACUUUCCUUGUUUGUUGUUUUCUUUUUUUUCAAGAUUGUUGUUGCCAACUACUUUAACUAUUCUCCUUUUUUUUAAAUUAUUUUUAUUCUUUAAUUUCUAUUGGUUUGUGUUUUUGUUUGACUUUGAUGAGAUCUCAUACUGUACCUGUUUGUGUUUUGUUUUUUUAUUUUAUAAGUAAAAACAUUAGUAUAGAUGAAUCCAAUGCUAGUUACUAUCCAUCCUUGCUAAUAAUGCUUGUGACUUCAGGCUAUAUCGAGGCAAUACGCACAGUAUGAACAUAUGAAAAUGAGAGACUGACCAGUUGCAGUCCCAACACAUCAAUGUGAAGAUUCAAACAAACAAUACUAAAUGAAUU